AUGUCAUCAGUUAAAGUGGCGGUUCGUGUACGGCCCUUCAAUGACCGUGAGAAAAACAUGAACGCACAACUUUGCAUUAGUAUGGAGGGAAAGGCGACAACAAUUGACAAUGCCGAAGAUCCCAAAGGUGGUAAAAAGACGUUUUCUUUUGAUUAUUCUUACUGGUCCCACGAUGGUUUUGAAAACGAUGAAACCGGCUAUUCUCGCCCCAUUAGCUCAAAAUACGCAGAUCAACAACGCCUGUACAAUGAAAUUGGAAAGGAUGUGCUCAACAACGCUUACGAAGGCUACAAUGCAUGCCUAUUUGCCUAUGGCCAGACUGGAGCCGGGAAAAGCUACUCCAUGGUUGGAUAUGGAGCGAACAAAGGUAUCAUUGUUCGUGCAUGUGAAGAGAUAUUUGCCCGUAUCGGCGCAAACACAGAUCCUACUCUACAAGCCCAGGUGCAAAUUAGCAUGCUUGAAAUAUAUAACGAACAGGUGCAGGACCUUUUGAUGCCGAUAGAAAAAAGGCCCAAGGGAGGCCUCAAAAUUCGGCACACCCCACAGCUCGGAACAUUUGUGCAAGAUCUCACAAAAUGUCCAGUUGACUCGUAUGCAGCCAUCCAAGCAAAACUUGAUGAAGGAACAGCAAAUCGGACGGUAGGAGCGACGCUCAUGAACGCAACGUCAUCACGGGCACACACUGUGCUGCAAAUUAACUUCCGGCAGAUCACUAUAGACGCUGGCACCGGAGAACCAGUCUCACAGAAGUCUUCUGAAAUAAGCUUGGUGGACCUCGCGGGGAGUGAGAGGGCUGGCUCGACGGGCGCAACAGGCGAUCGCUUGAAAGAAGGGUGUGCUAUUAACCAAAGCUUAAGUGCUCUAGGAAACGUCAUAUCUGCUCUCGCAGACAAAGCAGCUGGCAAGCUCAAACCAGGGCAGGUUGUGCCGUAUAGGGACUCUGCGCUCACACGCAUACUCCAGACGGCUCUAGGGGGCAACAGCAAGACAUGCAUGAUCGCAGCAUUGUCUCCCGCCACUGUAAAUUACGAAGAAACUCUCAGCACGCUCCGCUACGCAGAUCGGGUCAAACAAAUAAAAAAUGAAGCUACUGUCAAUGAGAACCCCUUAGAGAAGCUUAUUCGGGAACUUCGGGAGGAGAACGAAAGGUUGAAGACAGCAAUGGGUGGCGCCUUGCCAGAUGCUGUGCCGGGUGGAGGCGCUGACCCCCAGAUGGAGGAACUUCGCAGACAGUACGAAGAGGAACUGGAGGCAAACAGAAAGGCCCUACAAGAAAUGACAAUGUCAUGGCAAGAUAAGCUAGAAGCUGCAAAAAAAAGGCGACCUACAAGUGUAGAAGUCAGGGAUACAGAUCAACUAACUAUACCUUACCUUAGCAAUCUCAAUGAAGACCCGCUUCUUUCCGGGAAGAUUGUUUUCCCGCUGACGGAAGGGAGUAGCACUAUCGGUAAACCGGGGGGGAAUACAGAGCCUAAGUUCCACAUUGGUGGCCUUGGAGUGUCUCCUCUGCACGCUGUUGUUGAUGUAAGACACGCCCAACAGGACGGAGACGGGAGCGGUGCAACUGUCUAUGAAGUGAUGCUAACAGCGCACGGGAAGACGUGCAUAAACGGUUUAGUCCUCGGGAAUAACGAGUCUAAAGUCUUGGGACACAAGGACAGAAUAAUAUUCGGGCAUAAUAAUAUGUUCGUCUUCGUUGAUCCAACAGACGAGGACAAGACGCUACCCUCCUGGGAAGAGGGAAUGAGGGAGGUGACGAAAGAUGUUAUUGAUGAGUGCGCGACCCAACAGACACCUCAGGCCAAUCUUGCUGAACUCAAAUACCAGGAAAAGGUUGAAAAGUUGCAAACGGAUAUGCAAAUUUUCGAAUCUGAAAAGAAGGAGCUGCUGAGAAGGAUUAAGGACAAAGAAGCACUUGUGCUUGCUAGUGAAGAGGAUCAAGCAGAAGCAGAGAGAAAAUUGAAGUUGGUUGCGGCUGAAAAACGAGCAGUGCUGCAGGAACUAGACAGAAAGGAAGACGAGUUGAAGGCUAGGCGCUUGCUUUUGGAAAGGGAAAAGAAUGAAGAGGCAAGACGGCAAGAUGCUGAGCGGGCAGCUCAAGUUUUUCUACACGAGGUCAUGAGUAGAACAGCGUUGCUUGUGGAAGAGGCGAAUGGGUAUGCGCAAGAGCUUGGAGUGGGCGUUUACUUUUCUCUCAAGCUAAACACAAAGACACGGAGUACGGGAGGCCUAAGGAGCACUCUUAUCGGAACAUCCUUACAACAAACAGAGAUCGUAAUCCGAGUGCAGAGAGUGGACUCAGACGUUGUACAGCUGUGGAACUUGGACUUGUUCGAAAGAAAGGUUUUUGAAAUGAGAGAAUUGUAUACGCAAUGGGCGGCGGGUUCAAGGGCAGAGUCAUAUCUAAAAGAAGGCGUAACAGAUCCUUUCGCUCUGGAUUUGGACAGCUACCAGGUCAUUGGAGAAAGUUAUCUAUACCUUGACACAAUUCGUUUCCUCUUGCCUAUUGAGUCAGAGGUAUUCCCAAUCAUUGAUGCCAACGGAAAAGUGUGCGGCAAGCUCACCCUUUCCGUUAGCAUUGAAGUUGCUUCGAACACUGAUGAUCCGGAUUGCCAGGGUCGGAUUGAGCAAGAAGUCAACAUAGACGCUCUUCAUUCAGUAGUGGACAUUAAAGGUCGCGAGAUGAUCCUUACAAUAACUGUUCACUCGGCACAUGAUUUGCCAGAAAAGCUUUGCAAACACCCCCAGGCAAGUGGAGAGCCCUUGCUUAGAGUUAAUAAUAAGGAAGGAUUCCGAAACAGCACCUCGGAAUUUGAGAAAUGGACAUUUGGAGCCCAAGGAAGGUGA